AUGAUAGAGGGACUCGCGGAGACGUCUUCUUUCGUCCACUCCCUUUUGCAGGCGGAAAUCGAUGUCGUAGGCGCUAAGAAUGUGGUUUUGAUGGGCUUGAGUCAGGGAUGCGCGGCGUCUAUCAUAUCGCUUUUGACGUGGCAGGGAGAACCGCUUGGAGCUGCUGUGGGGAUGUGUGGGUGGCUACCAUUUAGGAAGCAGAUGCUGGAUAGGGGCGACGAUGAACGUCAAGAGAAUGGGAAUGGCGAAGUCGGUGAUCGCGAAGAUGGGAAAGCAGUUGAUAACGACAAGACCCCACAAGCGGAAGCAGCCAAAUUACAGCGGAUUGCGGAUUGGUUAAGAAACAAACUUGGAAUCACCGGCGCCAACUCCGCUGCUGUGCCGUUCCAGCAAUUCCCGAUGUUCCUCGGCCAUGGCGUUGAUGAUGCAACGGUGCGGUGUGAACUUGGGCGGCUCGCGGCGCAGUUUCUGGAGCAUGUGGGCAUAGAUGCGCGCUGGAACGAGUAUACGGGGCUUGAUCACUCGUUUUCGGGGAAUAUGCUGCGCGAUAUUGUUUUAUUCCUGGGUUUUCUGGAAGGAUGGGAGAUUCAUGGUUAA